GGAGACCGCGGGCCGCGGUGAAGGAGAGGGAAGGACGGGCCCUUCCCAGCUCGGCGCAGCCAUGGCUCUGGCUCGGAGGCUCCUGGGCAGGGGCUUGGCCAGCGCAGCCACGGGAGAGCGCGGAGGGGCCGGAGCGCGCACCUGGCGCCUCCUGACCUUCGCGCUGGCGUUGCCAAGCGUGGCCCUCUGCACCCUCAACUCCUGGCUCCACUCGGGCCACCAGGAGCGCCCCGAGUUCAUCCCCUACCACCACCUGCGGAUCCGCACCAAGCCCUACUCCUGGGGGGACGGCAACCACACUCUCUUCCACAACCCCCGCGUCAACCCUCUGCCCACGGGCUACGAGCAGCCCUGAGGCCGGCGGCCCCGAAAGCGCAAUAAAGGCGGGAAACCCUUG